CCAACUCAAACACACCAUUUCUCCUCAAAAAAUCAGAGUUUUCAGUUUUAUUAUUUUUGUUUAAAAAUGGAGGGCAAAGAAGAGGAUGUGAGAUUGGGAGCCAACAAGUUUUCCGAGAGGCAGCCCAUUGGGACGGCGGCUCAGUCCCAAGACGACAAGGAUUACACCGAGCCACCGCCGGCAUCAUUGUUUGAGCCCAGUGAAUUGACCUCUUGGUCUUUUUACAGGGCUGGGAUCGCUGAGUUCGUUGCUACUUUUCUUUUCUUGUAUAUCUCGGUGUUAACUGUCAUGGGCGUUCUUAAAGAACCAACCAAGUGUAAAACUGUUGGGAUUCAAGGGAUUGCUUGGGCCUUCGGUGGCAUGAUCUUUGCUCUCGUUUAUUGCACUGCUGGAAUCUCUGGUGGCCACAUAAAUCCGGCGGUGACAUUUGGGUUGUUUCUGGCGAGGAAACUGUCGUUGACUAGGGCGGUUUUCUACAUGGUGAUGCAGUGCUUGGGAGCCAUAUGUGGUGCCGGUGUGGUUAAAGGGUUCAUGGGGAAGAACCGAUACGGUACUUUGGGUGGCGGAGCCAACGCCGUGAAGGAUGGCUACACUAAAGGAGAUGGUCUUGGUGCUGAGAUUGUUGGUACGUUCGUUCUUGUUUACACUGUCUUUUCAGCCACUGAUGCUAAACGCAGUGCUCGAGACUCCCACGUCCCUAUUUUGGCACCAUUACCAAUUGGGUUCGCAGUGUUCUUGGUGCACUUGGCCACUAUACCGAUCACUGGAACCGGUAUUAACCCAGCUCGGAGUCUUGGUGCAGCCAUCAUCUUCAACAAGGACAAGGGCUGGGAUGACCAUUGGAUUUUCUGGUUGGGUCCAUUCAUUGGGGCAGCACUGGCAGCUCUUUACCAUCAAGUUGUAAUCAGAGCCAUUCCUUUCAAAUCAAAGUGAUGAGAUCAACGAUCAGGAUUGUGGU